UUGAUGGAAAAUUAACAGGGCCAGCCGGCCAGGCACAAUGCAUCGUUCAUCUUCCACCUUGUCAAUCCGACAAAUUUAUUUUGUAUUAUAAUUUAAUAGUCAAUGUAGACUAGCGUUCCAGCUUUGCUUUCAACGACAGAAACCUCCUCUAAAAAUUGUUCCAACACCGAGAGGACCAUUGCUCAUUGCAAACAAGAACAAAAAAUCCUUCCUCGUCGAUCUCUAAUCACAAAAUCCAUUGAAAAUGGGGCAAAAGGACGAACCUGUCAUCGGAGUUCCUUACUACGCUGGGCAGAACCCGUACCAAGCCGGAGCUAUACCGCCAAACGCAAUCGUCGGCGAUCCAAGGGGGAUCCCGAUUCAACAGACUAUGUAUCGCGACACCCCUGCUCCUUUUAACUGCGUCCACUGUGGUAAUUCUGGCGUUACCGUCGUUAGAUCAAAGCCUAGUUUGGCAGCUGUUGUUGGUUGCAUGAUGCCUUUGAUGGUUGGAUUUUGCUUUCUUUGCCCUUCUAUGGACUGCCUCUGGCACAAGCAUCACUACUGCCCAAGCUGCAAAGAAAAGGUUGCCGACUUUGAGAAAUCAGAUCCUUGUGCAGUGAUGGAUCCUCCCCACUGGACACAGGAGAGCUUCGCAUUGCCUGCAUGAUAUGUUCGCUUGUUAUUUAUAUCUUGCCUGGCCGAAUUCUAUGUUCAACCUGUGUAUUCUUACUUUCAGCACCUCUUGUGUGCAGUGUUCUCCAUACAGUAAGUACAAUGCAUGUUUUUAAGUGACUGCUGCUGCAAGAAGCUAUUUUUUAA